CUCCUCUCGGGGCCGGGCUCUCCUCUCGGGGCCCGGCUUGGUUCGGGAGCAGGGUCAUGGACUGAGGCGGGACGAGGCUGUGGGCAGGGAGAGCUCGUUUCCUUUUAAGACGAAGUCGUACAAAGUUUGCUUUCUCCCCGGCUUCCUUAAGCCACAUCUCCGCGCCGUCAGCCGCGCGUGACAGUCCGCGCCGAGUCCGGCUAGCGGCGGCCUUGAGGACUUGUUGGCCCGCUGGGCGGACUUUAGCGAGGAGCAGGGGCAAAGGUGUUUGGGGAAAGAGCGUGUCCAGUUAGGGGCUCUCAGAGUACGCUCCUUGCGUACUGAUGGGAGAAGGUGCUUUCCUAGAGAAAGCCAGAGGACACCUGGCUCGGUGCUGCGUUAAGGGAAGCCUGGGAAGUUCUCAAAUCUUGUUCCUGCUGGCCCUGGAAGCGGGGGGCCGAGGCUGGAGACGGGAGAAGGAAAGAUGUGGCUCUUGCACCUGUGCGGGUUCCUGCAAGUGUAAAUCCUGCCGAUGCACCUCCUGCAAGAAAAGCUGCUGCUCCUGCUGCCCAGCAGGAUGUGCCAAAUGUGCCCAGGGCUGUGUCUGCAAAGCCCCCCAGACUGAGAGCUGCAGCUGCUGCCAGUGAUGCCCCGGCUUCCCCGUGCCUGUAGAUAGAGGAAUCUGUACAGACCUGAUUUUUUUUUAUACACCUGGAUAUGUUUUCUACUCUUUCCCCAUGAAAUAAAAUGAAAAUAAAUGUAUUCAAUAA